AGGGAGGUCGGAAAAAACACUCUCUCUUAAAACUUAGGAUAGUCGGAUCAAAAGACAUUCAUUUUGAAGGUCCUUCAAGAUAGUCCUCUCAAAGUAGCCGACCAUUUUGAGAGAGCCAUCAUCAGCCAUACAAAAAAUAUCUUUUUUUUGUGUCCAUUCAAUAGCAACUAGUCUCGAUCGACUUCUACACGACAAAAGGCCGGCAUGUCACCUCGUCCCAUGCACCAUUAAUGUCUAUUUCCUUGUCUAUGACAAUUAGAAAAUGGUCCUUGAUUGAUAUCCACUUGUGAAAACACCAAAUUGAGUGUCCAAACCUACCACGUAAUGUUGAUGGCCCACAAGCAAUAAAUUAGAUUACAGUCUUCCCUCUCCAUAUAUACAGACCUUUGUAAGAUAAGAGAUGAUCAAGUUUCUCAGUUGAAAAUUCUUUAUAAUGUCCGAUCAAUUAGCGCCGUUCAUCCCUGAUCCGAUGACCGAUCCAUACGACUUCUUGGACCUGAUACACCACCAUGACGGCACAAUCACAAGAAAAAAACCCAGCAGAUUUCCAAUAGCGUCAAUCAUACCUGAUCUUAGCUACCCAGCUCCGGUUCUCUCCAAAGACAUCCCGAUCAACCAAUCAAAUAAUACUUGGGCUCGUCUAUAUCUUCCUCGACAUGCGCUCGAGUCUUCCUCCACAAAUGCUCUACUCCCUCUCAUUAUAUACUACCCUGGUGGAGGGUUUGUUAUAUCCAGUACGGCUACCUCCAUAAUUUAUAACUUUUGUUCCAAUCUUGCAUUACGACUCUCUGUUGUUGUCGUCUCUAUCAACUACCGUGUUGGACCCGAGCAUCUCCUCCCAGCAGCGUACGAUGAUGCAAUCGAAGCGUUGCAGUGGAUAAAAUUCACGGAGGAUUCUUGGGUGAGAGACCAUGCUGAUCUUACUAAUUGCUUCAUCAUGGGUGGCAGUGCUGGAGGGAACAUAGCAUACCAUGUCGGUUUACGUGUGGCGGCAGAAGACGUAGAUAAUUUCAAGCCAUUGAAGAUUAAGGGCUUGAUAUUGCAUUAUCCGUUUUUUGGCGGGUCCGAAAGAACUGAAUCUGAGUUAAGAAAAGAAAACAACCUCCUUUUUCCUCUUACACUAAGUGAUGUGAUGUGGAAGCACUCUUUGCCAAUUGGAGCUAAUCGUGAUCAUGAGUACUGUAAUCCAAUGGUAAUGGAUAGGUCAAAACUAUUCGACAAGAUGAAACUUUUGGGUUGGAAGAUAUUGGUAGCUACUGGCGACAGGGAUACCGGAAUAGAUCGUCAGAUUGGACUGGUAAUGAUGAUGAAAGAAAAAGGUGUAAAAGUGGAGAGUAGAAUUCUUGAAGGAGAUUAUCAUGGUGGGGAUUAUCUAGAAUCCAAUAAGUUGGAUUCACUAUUUGUAGCCUUAAAGAAUUUCAUAUUCUCAGAGUUUAUUGAAUAAGAAAAUACAUAGUUAGGAUGCGUCAAGUGUAUGUUGUUAAAGAUAAGCUAGAUAACAAUAUGUUGUGAAAUCAAUGGAAUAACAGCAGUCCAGA